AUGGCCACCCAGACAGACAGGAAAUCCAAAGUGCUCAGCCGGCGCGAAAUCGAGGCUCAGAUUGCCAAUGGGCGCUCAAUUGUCAUCGUGGACAGUGCAGUACUGAAGCUCGAUGCCUGGCUGCCGUACCAUCCAGGCGGUGACAAAGCCAUCCGACACAUGGUGGGACGCGAUGCAACAGAUGAAGUCACUCGCUUUCACUCCACGCAAACGCUCCAGCUCAUGAGCCGCUACCAGAUUGGUCGAGUCGAGGGGCGGUGGACCAACUUCCUACCACCGAUACAAGGAGGGAAGUUCAGGACACAGGAAGAGCUGGAUAAACUCUCCGAAGAAGAGUAUGCGACGUCAGUCUCUUCCUCGGACCAAGAAGCCACUAGCUCUUCAUCUUCUGCAGACAACAGCCCCCUGUUUGAACCAGCAGACCGAACCUCCGAUCCUCUUCGCAAGCGCAAUGGCAACACCACCAGAGCCUCCUCGACAUCGAGCAUCUCUUCAGCCGGGCUCGACCAAAAGUCUCCAAAAAUGUCCCUUCUCGACAGACGAACCCAGGAAGAGUUGGACUUGGAUAAGGCCAAAUACCCGUCGGUCGACUUUGUCACCCAGGACAACAUCACACAAAAGUACCGUGAGCUGCAGGUACGCAUCAAGGAAGAAGGGCUGUAUGAAUGCAAUUAUGGUGCAUACGGCAUCGAAUGCCUACGCUACGGCUCCUUCCUGGCCGCAUUCCUGUUUCUGCUACAUGCGGGCUGGUACAUCACCAGCGCCAUUCCCCUUGCAUGCCUCUGGCAUCAACUUACGUUUACGGUCCAUGAUGCUGGACACAUGGGCAUCACCCACGAUUUCACCACAGACUCUACCAUUGCAAUGUUCAUUGCAUCCUUCAUGGGUGGCUUGAGCGCUUGCUGGUGGAAGUACAACCACAACGUCCACCAUUUCGUCACCAACCACCCUGAACACGACCCGGAUAUCCAAUACAUUCCCUUGUUCUCCAUUACGCACCGUUUCAUGGAAAGUCUCACAACGACCUUUUACGGCUGGGUUAUGGAGUAUGAUGCUUUUGCGAAAUUUAUGAUCCGCAUCCAACACUAUACAUACUACCCGAUCAUGCUCUUUGCACGCUUCAACCUUUACAGGCUAUCCUGGAUGUAUUUGCUCGGUGGAAAGGGUCCCAAGAAAGGCCCUGCAUGGUGGCACCGCUACUUUGAGAUUAUGGGUAUAAUGGUCUUCUGGGCAUGGUACGGCUAUGGAGUCGUGUACAAGUCGAUACCAGACAACUGGAGCCGCUUCUGGUUUGUGCUCAUCACCCAUGCUUUGACCUCACCACUCCAUGUACAGAUCACAUUGUCUCACUUCGCAAUGAGUACUGCAGAUCUGGGUGUUCACGAGUCCUUUGCUCAGAAGAUGCUGCGAACGACCAUGGACGUUGACUGUCCACAGUGGCUAGACUUCUUCCAUGGAGGUCUCCAGUUCCAGGCUAUCCACCACUUGUACCCUCGCAUUCCACGGCACAACCUGAGGAAGACUCAGAAGCUAGUGCAAGGGUUUUGCAACGAGGUGGAUAUACCAUAUGCGCUCUAUGGCUUCGUAGAUGGCAACAAGAUGGUCAUUGGGAGGCUGGCAGAUGUGGCCAGGCAAGCAGCUAUCCUCGCAGAGUGCCAGCGGACAAUUAUUGCAGAGGGUGAUUAUGGACUGCACUGA